GAAGGGACUUCUCACAAACGAGGUUGAUGUGUAAGAACCGAGUUUAGUGUGGUCAGACACCCUGCUGGAUGUCCAGAAACCUGAAGGCCUGGAGAGUUUUCCACAGGAAGCAGAGGAGCAGGUGAGCCUUCGGCUCCACACUGAGUGCUAGCCAUGCUGCGGCAGCCCGAGCAGACAUCCAGCACCCUGCAGCUGGUAGCUAGUGACAUGACGGGCAUCAUGGAGAACCUGGACACCCGGGAGCUCGCCCUGGGCGACGGGGAUUACGACCUGGCGGAUGGCACCGUUCCCGGAGAGCAAUUGUCUUUUAUGGCAAUCUACAACAUGGUGGGCCUCAAGGACGCCGGGGGGAAGAUUUUCCUCUCCUGCCCGAUUACGGCCAACGUCACGGAUGUGGAGAGGCACAACGCGGCUCAGGACCGUUUCAACAUGACGGCGCAGAGGAGCGUCAACAAGAUUCUUCCAGCUCUCUAUACAAUCGAGCUGAAACACGGAGGGUUCACAUGGAAAGUGAAGAAGAAGGAGAAGCACUUCAUGGAGCUCCACAGAGAGCUCAGGACGUACAAGACCUUCGUCAAGCUGAAGCUGCAUCCCCACAGUCACUCUGUGAGGAAGACCACGGUGCCAAAGAGCGAGGCCACACAGAUCCCCGACCUCCCCAAGGGAGGAGAGGAGGAGGGCAGAGGAGACACCAUUUCCAGCCGCAAGAAACAACUUGAAGAUUACUUGAAUAAACUGCUGAAGAUGCAGAAGUACAGGAACUACCAUGCUACUAUGGAGUUCAUGGAAGUGAGUCAGCUGUCCUUCAUUCAUGACCUCGGACCAAAAGGCUUAGAAGGAAUGGUGUCCAAACGCUCCGGAGGUCAUCGGAUCCCCGGGUUAAACUGCUGCGGCCACAGCAAGAUGUGCUACCGCUGGUCCAAACGCUGGCUGGUGGUGAAGGACUCGUUCCUGCUCUACAUGAAGCCAGACACUGGUGCCAUCUCCUUUGUGAUGCUGUUUGACAAGGAGUUCAGCAUCAAUGUGGACUCCAAAAGCACUGAAACCAAACAUGGCGUUCGCGUCGACAGCCUGUCCAGGUCAUUGGUGCUGAAGUUCAGCAACUACAGACACGCCCGCUGGUGGGGUCAGUCUCUGGAAAAGUUUGCGCACGACCACGGCUCCGCCUUCCUGAAGGACCACCGCUACGGGUCUUUUGCCAGAGUGGAGGACGACGUCCCGGCUAAAUGGUAUGUAAACGGGAAAACGUACAUGGAAGAUGUGGCUGAUGCUCUGGAAGAGGCCAAAGAGGAGAUCUUCAUCACGGACUGGUGGUUGAGUCCAGAGAUCUUCCUGAAGAGGCCGGUCGUUGAAGGGAACCGAUGGCGUCUCGACUGCAUCCUGAAGCGCAAAGCGGAACAAGGAGUGCGGAUCUUCGUGAUGCUGUACAAAGAGGUGGAGCUGGCUCUGGGCAUCAACUCAGGAUACAGCAAGAGAACUCUACAGCAGCUUCACCCCAACAUCAAGGUGAUGCGGCACCCUGACCACGUCUCCUCCUCCGUCUACUUGUGGGCCCAUCACGAGAAGAUCAUCGUCAUCGACCAGUCGGUGGCGUUUGUGGGCGGGAUCGACCUGGCGUACGGACGGUGGGACGACAGGGAACACCGGUUGACGGACAUUGGAAGUGUGACACUCACGCAGACUGAAGCUGCAGGUUCCUCUGAGGCUGCUCCAGCCAACGGCAGGGACGUCAUUUCCAAAAGCAACGGGAACACGGCAUUCACGGUGAUGGACUCGGGGGACCAGCCCAAGCUGAAGGGCAAGAAGAAGAGGAGCAGGUUCAGCAUCCGGAAACGGCUUCACCUGACCCACCACGAGAGCGACAGUGACAGCGAGCCCGAGGAGAAUGAGAGAAGCACCUCCGUGCGAAGUCUGAACACAGGAGUUGGAGAGCUGUCCGGGAAUACCCGCUUCUGGCAUGGGAAAGACUACUGCAACUUUGUGCACAAGGACUGGGUUCAGCUGGACAAACCGUUUGAUGACUUUAUAGACCGGCACACGACCCCCAGAAUGCCGUGGCACGACAUCGCCUCAGUGGUUCAUGGGAAGGCGGCUCGGGAUGUGGCGCGACACUUCAUCCAACGCUGGAACUUCAACAAGCUUGUAAAGCCAAAGUACCGAGCUCUGUCGUAUCCAUUCCUGCUGCCCAAGUCUCACAGCACAGCUGGGGAGCUGCGAUACAAAGUUCCCGGCUGCGUGUCAGCAAAAGUCCAGAUCCUUCGCUCAGCCUCUGACUGGUCUGCUGGCAUCAAAUACCACGAGGAGUCCAUCCACAAUGCCUACGUCGACGUGAUCCAGCAAAGCCAGCACUUCAUCUACAUCGAGAACCAGUUCUUCAUCAGCUGUGCGGACAACAAACACGUGUACAACAAGAUAGGAGACGCCAUCGCACAGCGCAUCAUCAAAGCGCACAGUGAGGGGAAGAAAUACCGCGUUUAUGUGGUGACGCCUCUGCUGCCGGGCUUCGAGGGCGACAUCAACACAGGGGGAGGCAGCGCCAUCCAGGCCGUCAUGCACUUCAACUACAGGACCAUGAACCGAGGAGAGCACUCCAUCAUCUCCCAGCUGAAGAGAGAGAUGGGGGACCAGUGGAUCAACUACUUCUCCAUCACCGGCCUCAGGACGCACGCCGAGCUGGAGGGGAAGCUGGUCACCGAGCUCAUCUACGUGCACAGCAAGAUGCUCAUCGCCGAUGACAACACCGUCAUCAUCGGUUCUGCCAACAUCAAUGACCGCAGCAUGCUGGGUAAGAGGGACAGCGAGGUGGCUGUGAUUGUGGAGGAUAAGGAGACGGUGGUGUCUGUGAUGGAUGGGCAGAAGUACCAGGCCGGAAAAUACGCCCUGCAGCUGCGACUUGAAUGCUUCAGGAUGAUCCUUGGAGCAAACACGGAUCCCUCAAUCGAUGUUUCUGAUCCCAUCAGUGAUCACUUUUACAAGGAUAUCUGGAUGACAACCGCCGGUCGAAAUGACUCCAUCUACCAGAGGGUCUUCCGCUGCCUGCCGUCCAGCGACGUCCACAGCAUCCAGGAGCUGGAGGGUUACCUGGCCAUGCCGGGUCUGGACAAAGACAACCCAGCCCUGGCUCAGGAGGAGCUGAAGAAGAUCCGUGGCUUCCUGGUCCAGUUUCCUCUGCAGUUCCUGUGUGAGGAGAACCUGCUCCCCCAAAUUGGCUCCAAGGAGGCCAUGGUACCCAUGGAAGUUUGGACCUGAGGGGGCGGAGUCUCUCUGCCGAGACCUAGUGGCUGAAACACCUGAACACCAGUUUCUGAUUGAAGAAAUGCGAUGAUGGAAAUCUUCUCAAACUGUGGUCAAAUUUUUAAUUCUUUUUUUAACCCCGCACUCUGAAAUGGAGACAUCUUUCUUCUCCUUUACUCUGCAGACUGAUUGAAUAUUCAUGUAGAAGUUCAGAAAAGGGUUUCCCUGUGAGGCGACGCGCAGGGUAAACUGAUCACACUACAGUAAAUAAUUUGUUUUUUCAGAAUCUCUGUGUUACUCUGAUCUGAGUAAACCAGAGGAAAAUGUCUCCUUUCAUGUCUGAAGAGCCUAAACUCCAACAGAUUCUUGUAAAUAUCUAUCAAAUUUAUUUAUGAAUCAAAUAUUUUUGAAACGAUAAGUCUAUUAUUUUGUGUAGGAAAUAUUCUUGAGGCAUGGGGGGAUUGGGACUUCUGUCCCAUUAGAAGAUGCAAGUUUGACAGUCACAGAAAUAGAAAAAGCUUCUAAAUUUCAAACACUAUAUGCAUGUCGAACUGCUGAGGGUUUUUUCUUUGAGCGGGUAAAUUGGGCUCCAUCACACCCAUCUGCACAUAUGCAAACUGAGGAAGGAAAAAGCCGACCAGCAGACCUGCUGGGAAUCCCUCCAGUGCCUGAAAGUUUGGCCGUUUACAGGAAGGGGGAAAAGGAAGUGAUCGACGGUCUGAUAAACUUCCUCCUGCCCUUCACCACCAAGCUGUUACUCCAGAACCGCGGCUUGUUGUUCUCUCGGAAACAACACUAUGCAACUGGCAGGGCCAGGAAAUGCAGCUCAGACACUAAACAGAGAAAACAGAAGCUCUCCGUAUUUAUUUAACAGAAAACCCGAAGUGCCAAAAGUCCUGGACUGUCUAAUGAUUGAACUGUAAAUUCAUUUGCAUUCCUGAUCCCAUGGAUUACACGUUCUGCCUUAAACGCUUCCUUCUGUCAUCAGCUCUGAAGCUCCAGGAAGACCAGCUUAACACAUUUGUGAUUUUCCUCAAAGACCACCUUCUACGUUGGUCUAAAUAGGAAUAAAAAAUAUUGAUUGGUGCAUCAUAGAGUGACGACGGCUUACUUCCCGUUGGGGUGAUAGAUUAAAGUCUGUCCAGGAAAAAGGAUGAUGCUGAACUUCAGCUUCACUUUUUAAUUUUCUGUCACAAGUGUAUCGAUUUCAAGCUCGACUUAAUUCAGGAAAAAUGUUUGAAAGCUCAAGAAGCUACAAACCCAGGCUGAGAACAGAGUGUGUUCCUGUAAAGGUGUUUGUGAAAUGAUGCAUGCAUGUUUGACUCAUUUUGGACCAAAAACAAACCCACACAAAUUGAUGUUUCCCAUUUGUCACUGAAAUGUAAAACUAUGAACAAGGUGCCAGUUUGUGUGAGCAGUAAUUUUGCCUUUUGGAGUCUAGAUUCCUCCUUUUCUGUCUCUUCUGACUCUUCUGGUGCAGCAUGAAUCUGUCAGUGUCUUCCUGCUUGUUUACUGCAUGAAGCUGCAUUUUUCAUGCGCAGCUGACAGGCUGACAGCAGCUGGAUGCCACUAAAGUUUCUCCAGAAAGCAUGGCAAAAAGCAAAGCCUCCUCUAUAGCCAGUAUUGACGAUGUGCCUGUCUGAACGUGGAAGUGUCACCUUCACCAUGUUUGUUUUUCUUUCUACCUCUCUCUUUCUACCUCCUGAUCCAUUCCACCAUGUUUUUGGUUGAAGUUUGUUCCUGUCUGCGCUCUACAGCUCUUUAGGUCAGAGAAAUGAACUCUGGAAGCCCAGCCCACUCCAUAAACAUGGCCCCGGUUCAGUUGUUGGUACAGAUUUGUUGUGAAUGAACGAACUCUAUGUGGAAGGUGAGCUGCAGAUGUCUGCAGACCCUCGUCUGUCUUUUCUUGACUCUUGAUGUUUGUAAAAAUGCACUAUUUGCACAUCGGUCUGCAUGAUUGCGUCAUGUUGCUCUUGUGAAAAGAUGGUUCAAUAAACCAAGAUUCUCAUGUAA